CGAGUACCGACCGACCGGCCGCUGCACAUUGAGCGCGAUAUUGUCACACUUUGCGCGCGAAAGUGUCAUUUGUGACGUUUCUAUUGUGUUCUUAUUUGCGGAUUUAUUGAUUAGACGGAAGGCUUUUUGCACGCAGAAAGAUGGGUUCGUUGCCGCGAGUCUCCGUGACGUCUGGGGCGCGAGUGUCGGUGCAGGCAGCGCCGCUUCCCGACCGUCUACAGUGUCGCUCGGCAGACAGGACCGCCUUGCUAUACUCAGAUGAAACGUGCAGCGUCCGAGUGAGCUACGCGGAACUGGAUGGGAGGACCAACGCUAUGGGGCGGGCCAUAGCUGCGCACGCGCGGCCGGCGGGGCCCAACCGGGACCGCGAUUACGUCAUAGCUGUCUGUAUGCAGCCCUCCCACAACACGAUACUCACACUGCUGGCCACGUGGAAGGCCGGUGCCGCCUACGUACCCCUGGACCCCAGCUUCCCUCAGGCGAGGGUCUCCCACAUCCUGGGCGAUGCACAGCCCUCUCUCAUCAUAUACGAUGACACAGUCAACCCUUCGACGUUUGCUAGCAGCGGUGUGGCAGCCAUAUCGUUCGAGGAGCUAUCACUGGAAGCCAGCUCGCUGCCGGCCGACAGACCCAGCGACACGGAAGUCCUGGCCCAGAACACCGUUGAUACCAUCGCCAUUGUUCUUUACACUUCUGGGAGCACUGGCAUUCCUAAAGGAGUCCGUCUGCCGUACUCGGCGAUUUGCAACCGUCUCUGGUGGCAAUUCCGCACGUUCCCAUUCUCGGACACUGAGAGCACGUGCGUGUGGAAGACCGCCAUCACAUUUGUUGACGCUGUGAGCGAGAUCUGGGGACCGCUGCUGCAUGGGAGGACGCUGCUCAUACUGUCCAAGGAGACCACGCGCGAUCCUCAGAAAUUGGUGCAGGUUUUGGCUGAAAAUCAAGUGGAACGCUUAGUCCUGGUGCCAACGUUACUCCAGUCUAUUCUCAUGUGUCUGUCACUCAACCGGUCAGAACGACCUCUACGCCGGCUCAAGUUGUGGGUCUGUUCCGGGGAGACACUGAGCAAAGAGUUAGCUGCGAGGUUCUUCCAAUACUUCGGUGACCAUGACGGCUUCAAGCUUGCCAACUUCUACGGAAGCACGGAGGUCAUGGGCGAUGUGACGUAUUACGUAAUGGAGAAAUAUUCGCAGAUAGAUCUCUUUCCCACAAUUCCUAUAGGUAGACCACUGGAUAACUGCGCUGUCUUCCUAUUGGAUGAGAAGAUGAACCCGUCACGAGAGUCGGACACUGGCGAAGUAUGGGUGGCAGGGCAGAACCUCGCUCGAGGCUACGUGGGCGGUCAGGCUCCUGAGAAGUUCUGCGACAACCCACACGCUUCACAUCCAGAUUACAGCCGCUUAUACCGUACGGGAGACUACGGUAUUCUGUACAAAGGUGUGAUUCUGUACGCGGGCAGAACAGACUCGCAGAUCAAGAUAAGAGGGCACAGAGUGGACUUGCAAGAAGUUGAGAGGGCUGUCGCGGCAAUCCAAGGAGUUGAGAAAGGUGUCGUAUUGUGCUAUGGGCUACAAUAUGGGAACCCUGAGAUCCUGGCGUUUGUGAAGCUUGCCCCUAACGUGCGUCUUAACGGACAGAGGAUUGAGAGCGCGCUGAAGGAGGUGCUAACAAACUACAUGAUACCUCAGGUGAUAAUAAUAGAAAGUAUACCACUUCUUGUGAACGGUAAAGUGGAUAGACAACAGCUGCUGAAGAUGUUCGAGAACACAAACAAUAAUGAUGAUACGAUAAUAUCUCUGGACUAUGACUAUUCCGACGUGCACCCUGAAAAUAUCGAAGCAGCCCGUGCUUUGUUUGAGACGGUUGGAGAAGUUCUGGGCAGGUCGGCGCGAGGAGCAAUAUCUUUGAGAGCCGGCUUCUAUGAGCUGGGGGGAAACUCUCUUAAUUCAAUAUUUACCAUCACCAAGUUGAGGGAAAAAGGAUUUUAUAUUGAAAUAAGUGACUUUCUUGGCGCAUUAAGUCUUGGAGAAGUGCUGCGUCAUAUGUCAACCUCACCUGAAGGUACGGAGGAGUCACCCAAAUUUAAUGUGGCGCAGAUGAGAGAUGAGCACAAAGACCGAGUUAUUGAAAUGAUCGUUUCGUCGUUCUACGAGAAGGCAGAGUUAGAACAGUUCCUCCGCAGUGAGAUUCAUGUGCGGGACUACGCACGCUGCAUCGACGCUUGCUGGCAACCACUUUUGCUUGCAGACCUCAGCGUGGUACUGGAGAACAAUGAAGGUACACCCGUCGCUGUUGCAUUGAACUUCGACGCAAGAGAUGAACCGGAUAUAGAGUUGGCUGGAGGAUUGGCAAAAAUCAUGACGUUCUUGGAGUUCGUGGAGGGAAAAGUGAGGGACACAAUGCUGCCAGAAGGAAAAGGUACGAUUCUCCACUCGUUUAUGAUGGCGACGUGUUCCAGUUUGAGUGCCGCUGACAACGUAGCAGCUAUUCGCCAGCUGGAGAUCGCGUCAAUGAACAUCGCUCGGGAGAGGCGGUUUCUUGGUAUUUUCACCACGAAUACCAGUCCAUUGACACAGCAACUCGGCACAGAUGUUUUUGGCUUCCAGACUCUUCUAGACUACCAAAUCAACCAAUACGCAGACCCCAACGGCAACAGACUCUUCGCAUUGGCCCCAGACGAUAUGAAGGCUGUCGUAUGUUGGAAGCCAGUGGAAUAACACAUAAUAUUAAUUACAGUACAUUCAAUUAUAUCUACACCUUUUGUUAACAUUCAAAUAACAAAAAUAUCAAUGGAUAAAAUGAGAAGUCUUGCCAGAUAUUUUAGAACAUUUUGUUAAGCAAUUGUUUCUUAUGUGAUUUGGCUCAUUGUACUAUGCAUGCAUGAUAAAGUACAAUAUUAAUAAUAUAUUUACUAUGUACAAAAUAGUGAGAAUUUAAAGAGCUCACGGUUGCGCCUAUUUAGUAUAAGACAAAAUUAAAUUUAUCUUUUUAUUUCCAUAUUGUUUGGUCAAUUUUGGUAAUGGUAAGGUUAAUAACAUUACUCGACUCAGAAACUAUGCUAUAUGUAUAUUUUUUAAUACUUUAUCAAUCGUUAGUUAGUAGUAAUAGUUUAACAAAUGGAGUAAAUAGUUAUAACUUUGUUGAUAAAUUUUAAUAUCACUAAAAUGUAAUGUUAAAAAAUUUAAACUCGAAUUACGUUCAUGAAAUAUAUUUGUAAUUAUUUCAAUGGAAAUGUAUUAAAUUCCUAUAUAAUUGACAUUCAAACCUUGUUCGCAUACAAGGCCAUAUUUAAAAGUUAGUGUUAUGAAAAAAUCUGCAUUCUACAUUCAUGUACAUGCAAGACAUUUCACAUACCUACUUAGAUAAUUUAUACGUCUAUAUAGUCUCUUGCUGUUAGACAACCGAUAAAAUCAGACCCGGUUUACUACUUUAGUAUGCGUGACAACCUACGUCUUACACUCGCAAUUUGUAUGACAAUUUUAAACUCAUUUUUUUCGACGUUUUCACAACAGUCAUAGUCUAUCUAGACGUAUAAAUGAUCUUAAGUGCCAUAAUUUAUUUAAGAGAGAACAAAUAUUUGUCUUACGAUCUACCUGUCUUAGCCAACGUUACCAAAAACCUUUGUUGAUUUAUAUUAAUUGUCAAAAUGAGUACGACGCGUAAUUGGUGAAUUAUACUAUCACUGUACAGAUAUUACUAUAAACCUUCCCGCCAGAACAGGGACGGACGUGGUUCUAUUGACGUCUGCAUGAUACAGUCUAUAGAGUAUAGACUAAGGACAAAAAAAAAACAGUAUAAAGUCUAAAGAGUAUAAACUGAUGACUAUUGCAGCGUCUGACGUCACUAUAACAUCACAAGAUGGCCGCCUGUCAUAUUCUGGCGCGGGGAUUUAACAACAGGCUGUUGUUUAACGGCCGUUUUCAUUUUCAUAUCAUCAUAAUGUAUCUCUAGUUACGGAUACAUGAUUGCUGUCGCCGUUUAAUGACAAUAUCUUAUCUAUCCAUAGUUAUGUCCAAUAUAGUUAUGUCCAAUAUAGUUAUAGUUCAAUGAUUUAUGUCGAUAAGUUAUUGAAAUGUAAAUAAGCGUAAAAGGAUAACCAUUUAUUGUAUCGGUAAUGACAUAAUAAGUUAUUUAUUCGUACAGUCUGACCCAGCAAAGAUAACAUUGAUGAAGAAUUACAAAUUGUAAGUACCUCAGUCAGAAUUAUAACAAUAACUACCAUAUGAGAAUACAAUAAUAGCAAAAUCAAAGUUGUGUAUUUGGUGAAUCAUAUUACAAUCGUCAAAAUACUAACAGUCGAAUUGGCUUUUGAAUUUAGAAUACUUUUUGCCUACAACUUUUAAGGAAAUGCAACGUUUUUGCAUUAUAGUAUUUAUAAUCCACGCGAGCCUCGGCGACCAUAACCGAUGCGCAAAAUAAUUAUGGUAGGCGCAAGAAUCGCGCUAUCAUAUUGGACCCGUAGAGCGCUGUGUUGUAUAACGUAUAGUCAUUAUUAAAAGCCACAGAUUCCACAAAAAUUAUGUAGAAUAGGCUCUGAACAAAGUGACUAAAAUUCUCGAGCAAAGCGUGAAUCUGUGGCUUGCAAUGUUAGCUUUAGCUUAGUUAUUUAUAUCGGAAUCAACCUUUCCAUAGAUAGGCGCGAUUUUGGCGCACGCGCCGCUGCCUGUCAAUUCGUAUUAAUAGAUUGCUUAUAAUUAGGAUGAUUUGAGUGAAUGUAUAAGAAAGAAAUUGAAACAAGCUAUAAGACCAUGCAAAAUAAACCAUCUCAUAAACCAAAUUCCGAUUUUGGUGUAUCUUAAAAAUCUAGUGACAUAUUAUGGCACUUACCGAUUAUGGAAGAUGUGUUUAGAAAUAAAGUUUGUGUGUAUUUAUGUACGCACGCAAGGAAUUAUUUUACUGUGUCGUAACAAAAUAACAGUCCUUAAAUAUUGUUAUGCCUCGUGGUAUUUUACGUUUGUAAAAAGAAUAAUAUUGUAAUAAAGAAGGUAUUAAAUACAACCAACGAAAAUACAUAUUAAUUUACCUCAUAAUUUUGUUGAAUAACGUUUAUUUAAAUAUAAUUAAAUUGUU